ACCACACUCCACUCUUAAACCCUAAAUUUUUCUUUUUCUCUUUUCUGGCUGAUUAGUCCUAUGGCUUCCUCUUCUUUCUCCAUUGUUGUUGUGGCAUUGGGUGUCCUCGCGCUCUUUGCGGGGAGCUCUUCUGCUCAACUCUCGACCAACUUUUACUCUAAAACUUGUCCUAAGGUCUUUGAUACUGUGAAAUCUGGAGUUCAAUCGGCGGUUUCGAAAGAACGCCGCAUGGGCGCUUCUCUCCUCCGUCUCUUCUUCCAUGAUUGCUUUGUCAAUGGCUGCGAUGCAUCAGUCCUCCUCGACGACACCUCUUCCUUCACUGGCGAGCAGACCGCCGUCCCCAAUAAGAACUCCAUCAGAGGCCUAAAUGUGAUCGAUAACAUAAAGUCGCAGGUGGAGAGCGUGUGCCCUGGUGUAGUCUCCUGUGCCGAUAUCAUAGCCAUUGCUGCUCGCGACUCGGUCGUGAUUCUUGGAGGGCCCGACUGGGAUGUCAAGCUUGGAAGGAGAGAUUCCAAAACAGCUAGCCUCUCUGGUGCCAACAACAACAUCCCCCCUCCCACUUCUAGCCUCAGCAAUCUCAUCUCUAAGUUCCAAGCUCAGGGCCUCUCAACCCGGGACAUGGUGGCUUUAUCUGGAGCACAUACAAUAGGCCAAGCGAGAUGCACCUCCUUCAGGGCCAGGAUAUACAACGAAACCAACAUCGAUAGCUCCUUCGCUAAGACAAGGCAAGCGAGCUGCCCGAGUGCUUCUGGUUCAGGAGACAACAACCUGGCACCUCUGGAUCUUCAGACCCCUACCACCUUUGACAACUACUACUACAAGAACCUGAUCAACCAAAAGGGUCUUCUUCACUCUGAUCAAGUUCUCUACAAUGGAGGUUCCACUGACUCCACAGUUAAAACCUACGUCAACAACCCAAAGACCUUCACUUCUGACUUUGUUGCCGGAAUGAUCAAGAUGGGUGAUAUCACUCCACUCACUGGGUCUGAAGGGGAGAUCAGGAAGAGCUGUGGGAAGGUGAAUUAAGAGAGGCUUGAUCAUCAUUUGGGAAUAAAAAUCAAUAGAAAAAAAAAUGAAUUUCGAUUUUUCUGCAAAGUUGUUUGGCUGUGGUAGAGUUGUUAUCUUGGGAAAGGUAGAGAGUGAUUGUUUGGAGGGAUUCAACUCAUGAGUUUUAUGUUGUUAUUUUGCUUGCUAUGAUCAAAAUAAUAUCAUAAUUUAUGAUUAA